AUGGCCGCCAAAAUUACUGACUGGGCCGACAAGUCUGGCGAGUUCAAGCGACAAGUCAGCUCGUUCCGCAACUGGAUCUCUCGAGAGUCUGGUGCAGAGUUUCCCCCUGAGAAGGGCAGGUAUCACCUCUAUGUCAGCUAUGCCUGUCCAUGGGCGCACCGCACCCUGAUUGCACGAAAGCUCAAGGGCUUGGAGGACUUCAUCACCUUCUCAGUGGUACACUGGCAUCUGGGAGAGGGAGGAUGGCGAUUUGCCACCAAGGAGGACAAGCCGGAGGAUAUUCCAGGCGAGAAUGUCAUUCCCGACCCGCUGCACGACUACACACACCUGCGCCAGGUAUACUUUGCUUCGAACAAGGAUUACAGUGGGCGAUUUACUGUUCCGGUGUUGUAUGACAAGAAGACAAACCAGAUUGUUAGCAACGAGAGCAGUGAGAUCCUCCGCAUGUUUGGAUCAGAGUUUGACGACUUGAUUGAGGAGAAAUACCGCGCUAUUACCCUGUACCCAGAGAGCCUGCAGAGCCAGAUCGAAGAAGCCAACGCGUGGACAUACGACAGCAUCAACAACGGCGUCUACAAGGCCGGCUUCGCCACCUCCAGCGAGGCCUACGAAAAGGGCGUCAUCGGCGUCUUCGAGGCCCUCGACCGCGCCGAGAAGCACCUCGCCUCGCAGACCGACGGCCCCUACUUCUUCGGCAAGACGCUCACCGAGACGGACAUCCGGCUGUACGUGACGCUGGCGCGCUUCGACCCGGUGUACGUGCAGCACUUCAAGUGCAACAUUCGCGACAUUCGCAGCGGCUACCCGCGCCUGCACAAGUGGAUGCGGAACUUGUACUGGAACCACGCGGCGUUUAAGGAGACGACGCAGUUUGAUCACAUCAAGUGGCAUUAUACACGGAGCCAUACGCAGAUUAACCCGUAUAGCAUUACGCCUUUGGGGCCGCUGCCGCAUAUUUUGCCGCUGGAGGAGGAGGUUGCUGCGGCGAGGGCAUGA